UAAUUCAACGCUCGCCAGUAGUAGUGCGUUAAGUGCAAUGAGAUUCACGUAGUAGUAGCUUUUCAAGUCUCAAGAGUCGUUCGUAUUCUCGCAGUCCACAGUGCUCCGUGCCUCUUCUGCGUGCUAGUUAUUCUUUUUGUUUUCAAUCCGACACUCGGAGUCAGUACUAGUUAUUAGUGGAAGAAAGGAAGCAAAAGUGAGAAUUUAGUGCUGCUGGUGUCUAGAAGGUAGAUUUUUUUUUUUCGUUUUUAGUGAUCGAUUCGGAACCCGGACGGAAACGAAGAAUAAUUCGGUGUUUGGCGAUUAUCUACCGUGCACAAUCCGUGGAGGUGAAUGUAUUUUGUGCUGUGCUGUCGUAAUCGAUCGAGUGCCCGAAUUGGGUAGAAAUUCGUCUCUCCCCCCGGAAGGAAGGGAAGAGAAUCGGAAAUUCUGUGCGUGACAUUUCCUGUGCUUUUGUCAACCAACCCCAUCGAUUGCGAAACCAGCCAACAGUCCCGAAAGUGGCCAUCGUAGUCUCGGCACUGUCUGUCAAGAGUGUGUACAGGGAAGAGGAGGUGAAAAUUUAUCGUCUUCAAUGGUGGAAGCAACUGCGAGUUUGACAGAAAAGGAAAAAUUCUACGCCCUGGGGCAUUGAACGGGAGAAAAAUUUCGUUCGCAUUCGAAGAGGAUAGAUAGAAAGUGUUGAUUGUUGAGUUUCAUUUCGGUUUUUCGUCAAAGUUUUCUUUUUCGACCCUAGCAGGCAACGACGACGAGUGGUUUCCAAGGCGAGGAGCUGAAAAUAGUGGUUUGUUGAAAAAAGGGAAGAGGAGUUGAAAGUGUCUUGUCUGCGGAAUAUCAGCAGCGAAAAAGAAGUUUGAUUUGACAACGGAAAAGUCCAAUGGAAAGUGUAAUUUUUCAGUGCACUGUGCUAUGAUUUACGAAAUUGCUAAUUCGUGAAGGUGUCAUUUUCGUGUUUGGAUGAAAAGAAAAAAAUCAUUUCCUUGACGACGACGUCGACGAUUCCGUUGCCUCCUAGUUUGGAUACCUACCACCUACCCUUCAUCAGUCACUCGGUUCGGUUUGAUGUAAACACCAAGUGGAUAGAACAAAAAACAAAUCUUUCCGGAAGCAGAGUCCCAUCGAGGAAAGGAUUCCGAGUUGAAAGAGCGACACAAAAGCCGAUCUAGAAGCAAACCCCACCGAUCAUUUCAUUGAUCAGUUCAGGUCAUGGUGAUUAUAAAUAAUAGAUAUGAGUAUUUAUCCAUCCUGAAAGCGCCAGGAGUAAGAAUGCAAACUCCUGUAGUGAGCAACAACAAUUCUUCGACGACGACACUGACCCGCGACACGCUGGUACAGUCACAGCAACUACAGCAACAGCAGCAGCAGCAGAACCAACAGCUGAACAACAAUAACAACAACUCACUGCUGAUCAAUAACAGUAUCAAUCUCGGCAACAACGGCAACGGCGUCAGCAUAAACAACAAUAACAACAACAGCAACAACAACAACGGCCUGCCGGGGCUAGCAAAGGCGGUGCUCAUCUGCCGGCAGAAUUCACAUCCGUUCAACAAUCGUACACUCUUUCUUGAGCCGCAUCAAGAAGUCAAAGUCGGACGGUCCGUUGCGAGGAACCGCGUCUCCGAAAACAAUGCAAUCUUUGACUGUAAGGUUCUGUCUCGAAACCAUGCCGUGCUGUGGUAUAGUGACGGAAAGUUCUACAUCAAGGACACCGGCAGCAGCAACGGUACCUUCAUCAACAAUGUCCGCCUCAGUCAGACGAGCACCGAGUCGGAACCGUACGAGGUCAGCUCUGGCGACAUCGUACAGUUCGGCGUGGACGUUAUGGAGAAUACGCGCCGCGAAACGCACGGUUGCAUAGUGGCCACGCUGAAGCUCUUCUUGCCCGAUGGCCGCGAGACGAAGGCCAGCCAAUCGAUCGGGGUCGGAGGCCCCAGCACCAAGAUACCACCGGUGGAUCUGUAUCGGCUCAACCAGUACAUACAGGAGGCCAACCAGCGGGAGCAGAUCCUGGAAACGAAGCUAACGAGCCUCCAGAAAAUGAUCGAAGCUACGAAACACAACUCAGCCGUCGGAUGGCAGGCCAUGAUUGACGAAGAUCGGUUGCUGAGUCGAAUCGAUAUGUUGGAGAAGAAGCUACAAUGCUUCCAAAAGGGCAUGACUGACGACAAACUACGGGAGGAACUGCUCAAGCUUCAGGAUGAAAAGUAUCAGUAUCAAAAUUCUGCGAAGGAAGCUCUUUGGAAGGUGCAUCAGGAACGAUUGGAUGCUACCCACAAAUUGGCUACGAUAGAGAAAGCACUGUGCAGUAGCGAAGACGAGUGUUCACUGCUGCGGGAACAGCUCAACAAAACGCAGCUGCAGUUGCAGGAAGUAACCGGCAGACUAGACGCACUACAGAAUCAGUACGAUGAGCGGGUGACGUCCAGUGAGGAACAGCUUAAGGUGAAAGAAUCUGAGAUAACGAGCCAGGGGCAUGAAAUCAACAUGCUGCAGGAGAAGCUCAGUUUCUAUGCGUUUUAUGCAUCCGAUGAGGACGAGAACCAACAGCAACAGCAGCAGCAAGAAUACAACAAUUCGGCAAUCUCUGAUUGGCUGCUGAAAUCUGAUAUUAAGAAAAUGGAAGGAUCUGAAGAUAUUAUUAAGGCCAUUUGUAAUGAUGCGGAAACCGACGCCAAUGCUGACGAGAAAGAAGUAAACCUAGAGGAUAAUGUAAUUCAGCUGCAGAAAAGGAUUUUCACGUUGGAGAGGAACAUUUCCCUCAUGGUGGAUGGCGACGAAAAAUCUGAAAAUGAAAAUAACGAGCCAAACGACAAUGCCAGCGUAACGUCUUCAUCAACGAUAAGCACGACGACGAUCUCGAACAGCGGUACGUUGAACGCCAACGAUAACAAUGCUGUCGGUGCGGAUUUGGUGGCAUCUGGAGGAACCAACAACGGUGAGGAGUGUGACGGCAACCAGAAUGUGAGCUCGGUUGGCGAUUCGCAGCAAUCGAUACCGUCCGAGAUUGAAACGACAACAACGACCACAACAACCUCGAACCCCGGUAGCCAGCAACCGCAGCAGCAGAAGCGAUCCGGUGCAGACACCAAAUCACCCUCGCAGAUGAACUGCGAGUUGAGCAAGAAAGUAUUGCGUCGAAAUCUCAAACACGUGAAAACCGAAUGUGCACUUCUGUUGCGGCAGAUUAGCAAAGCGAAGGAGGAUAAUCGGAAGUCGGAGGAAAACAUGGUGGCCAAAGGAAAAUAUGACGAACUGGAGGCGGAGCUGAGCAUGCUCAAGCAGGAACUGGAGACCCGGCCAAAGUCCGAAGAGUUUGAAAAGAAGCAACAACUGUGUGAAAGUCUGACGGAGAGCUUAGCUUCGUUGAGAAUAGAAACGGAAGAGCUGCGAGCGUUGAACGACCGCUGCCAAGACGAAGUGGAUCGCAUGGAGAAAGAGCUGCUGAAGCAAAAGAACAACGAGAACGAAAAGUUCAGUGCAAUGGCUGCCCUUCAUGAGCAAGCUGAGCCGAUAGUUUCAUCGGAAUCAGCUGCGUUUGGUGGUGAAGAAGUAGCAGCAAAGGAUAAUCGUUCAGAGGUUAGAACGGUCAGUAUCGUUGAUGCAGAAACGCAAACGGAAGUCGAGGAACAGACUGUGGUUGAUGAGGUGAACGAUAAUGACAUAUCGAUUUGCUCCAAUCUGGACGAGCUGGAUGAGGACGAAGACGAGGAAGAAGACGACGACGACGAUAAGACGGAAACCAUCGACACGACAGAGAUCUUCGUUGGCCGAUAUGUAUCACUGAACGAGAGUGGGAUUAGCGAAAGCAGUAGUCUUGGAGUAAACGAUUCAGUGACCAGCAAUAGCCAUAGUAGCAGUAAUCCUAACAGUAGCUAUGUGAGUGUGACAUGCAGUGAGUCGGCGACUAGUUCGUUGGAAAUAUCUAAACUUCUCGAUACCGUCGGUGAACCUAAUGGUUCCAUUGCGGAGCGGAUGACAAGCAGCAAUCCUCUGCUGGAUAGUAGCGUAGAGCAGGAACUAGAACUCAUAAAUCAUCCGGAUGUACAACGAGAAGAGGAACUGAUUGCGUUCAAAGAGAAAUAUACUCACCUUACUCAGGAGAACAUCCGGCUCAACCAGCAGCUGCAGAAGCUAAGCGACGAUUUUAGUCACUUCAAGAGCAAAUCGUUCAUAAAUCUUCUCAUGUACAUAGCGCCUGUCAUUGUUAUCGUUGGUUAUAUAAUGUUUAAUCGUGUGUCGUAAAUUGACUACCUACCGUUACCUAGGAGUAGUUUCAGUUUAAUUCAGUUGCAGAUAUUAGGAAAUUUUAUGAAUAUUUAUUUCGAACCCGGCUAAAAGCAGCAGUGAAGAUAGGUAUAUAGAAAUAUUAUUUUUUUCUUCUCAUUCUCGUACUUCUGAUCCUUUUAGGAUAACGCGAGUUUCCGUUUUUCGAUCCCCCACAUUUCGGCAAAUAGCUUUAAAUUAUCGUUUAUAUCCUUGUUUUGUUCGUUUUGUAAUUCUGUCUGUAGCUAUUAUACAUAUAUUUAUUAUCAGAGAAAAAAGAAAUAAUGUAAUAAUUAUUAUAUAGGAAAAUCGAACACAAGUGUAGACGAGUUAAAAAAAAAGAAUAAGAUCAACAGGAAAGAAUGAGGAACAUUUUCUUUUCCUUUUCUGUGUGAGUAAGUAAUGUAUUAAUCAAAUAAUAUCGACAACUGCUAGCGGAACCACUUCUUUAAAUAAGUAAACACUCAGAAACACACACACACAGUCACACAUACAAACACCUUCCCGUCUUAAUCCCAUUGUUAGUAUACUCCCGACAAGAUAGUUAUGCUCUUUAGCAAAUCAGGAUAGCUUUUAUACAAACAUACAGACAGAACAAUAUUAAUGGGCACGUGCGCUUCUCUUUCCCACUUGAGGGCGCAGUGUUUACCAAAAUGGCAGUGCUUCUAUUGUGCAAUGGCAAAACAAAACUAUCAAGGUCUUCGACAUUCGUACAUUUGAGAAAGAAACGCUUGAAAUAAAAUGUAAAAUGGUAAAUUAAUAUCCGACGCGGACGAAAUGUGACAAAAUGAGAAAAUUGUUUCCAAACGAAGCUAACUGGUGUCGUAGCUAGUAGCGUGCAAACGAAAAUUACAAACAAACAAAAACACGGACGGAUCGAAUCUUGUGCUGAAAGCUGAACCAGCCGCAUCUAACUCGACUCGAAUAGAGAUUACCCCCAACACGAACACGAUCUGACGGAAGGUACGUACCCAUACUCCGCGUAAGACAAGAGAGUACAAAUAUGAAGACAGACGAUUGCGCGGUUAUAGAAAGAAGAAUAAGAAGAAGACAACUGCUCAAACUCAAACAAGAGGACACGCGAGAACCGAUUUGGAAACAUGACAGAUAAGGACAAAUAAAUUUACGUACGGCGGAAGAUUUCUACGCGUUUCGUUGAUUCAUAGAACUGUUCGCCACUCAAAAUAUGCCAAUGACAAAAAAAAAAAUGUUCUAAAAACAAAACAAACAAAAAAUGGUUUAAGCCAUGUUGCCGAGUGAAUAAAAUGCACAGAGUAUCAGUUAAAGCUUGAUGUGCGAAGAAGCAAAGAAUGUAGGCUCGAAAAAGAGGAUGGGAAAAUUCGUUUUCUCGAUUGAUGAACUGAAGCGCGCGCUUUUGGGUAAAUGAAUAAAACUUGUGUACAUUUAUAAAAAGAAAAAGGAAACUCAUGAUAAAAAUAGUGGUGCCGUGCGGGCAUCAUAUCUAAAUGCAAAUAAACAGAAAAUUAAAAUC